GGGAGCCGAGUCCGCCGGCCGCGGCCGCGAGGGGCCGGCGGUGCUGAUGUCAGAGCCAGAAGACAGUUGUGAUUGGGCCUAAUUAGACUCCGCAGCAGCAAAUAGACAGGCUCCCUGCGUGAUUGGCUUCAAAGUGGCCGCCGCGCCGGACUGGCCGAGGUGCCAAAGUCGGAGCCGCGCGCGGGGAGCGCAGACCGGGGAGGCCGCCCGGAAGCCGAGGCAGCCGGGGAGGCAGCGCCCUGCCCGCCGCGCACCUUCCCUGCCCGCGGCGGCGCGUCCUGGCGCAGAGCGGGGCGCGGGGCGCGGGGCGCGGGCUGCUCCGGGGCUCCCCGCCCAGCUGCACUCGGAGGGCGGCGCGGGCGGAGGAGGCGGGAGCGCGCGAGGGCUCGGUGCUCCGAAGUGAGCCGCUCCCGGGUCUGCGGAAGCCCUUCGCGGCGGCGGCGGGAGCGGCCCAGGUGAGCGUGUCGGAGACGGGAUUCCUGGCCCGCGCGGCCCGCCGGGGCUCGGCCAUGGCGUCGGUCCUGGGCAGCAGCAGAGCGUCCGGAGGGCUGAGCGGCCAACUCAAAUGCAAGUCCAAGAGGCGGCGGCGGCGGCGGUCCAAGAGGAAAGACAAGGUGAGCACGUCGCCGGCCUUUAUCACUCCCUUCAAGCACUUCAGUCCCGGCGCCGUGAACACGGAAGACGAAGACCGACUAAGUACCAGCAGCGCCGACGUGAAGGAAAACCGGAACGUGAGCAACCUGGAGGCGCGGCCCCUGCCCACGGGCGACAGGGCCAGAGGCGGCGCGCCCGGCGUGAAGAGGAAGCGGCCCCUGGAGGAAGGCAACGGCAGCCCCCUGUGCAAGCUGCAGCUCGUCUGGAAGAGGCUGUCCUGGUCCGUGGCGCCCAAGAACGCGCUGGUGCAGCUGCACGACCUGCGCCCAGGCCUGCAGUUCCGCACGGUGUCGCAGACCGGCCCGGUGCACGCGCCCGUCUUCGCCGUGGCCGUGGAGGUGAACGGGCUCACGUUCGAGGGCACGGGGCCGACCAAGAAGAAAGCGAAGAUGCGGGCGGCCGAGCUAGCCCUGAGGUCCUUCGUGCAGUUCCCCAACGCCUGCCAGGCCCACCUGGCCAUGGGCAGCGGCGCCGGCUCGUCCACGGACUUCACCUCGGACCAGGCCGACUUCCCUGACACGCUGUUCAAGGAGUUCGAGCCGGCCGCCCCCAGCGAGGCCUUCCCGGGCCGCCGCCCCGCCGACGCCGGGUUGCUGUCGUCCGCCUGCCGGCGGGGGCGGCUACUCUGCCACCCCCUGGACCUGGUGGGCCCGGCGCGGCCAGACAGGCCCAGGCCGGGCCCUGCGGCCCCCGGCGAAAGGAACCCCGUGGUCGUGCUGAACGAGCUGCGCUCCGGCCUGCGCUACGUGUGCCUCGCGGAGCCGGCGGAGAAGCGGCGCGCCAAGAGCUUCGUCAUGGCCGUGAGCGUGGACGGCAGGACGUUCGAAGGCUCAGGACGGAGCAAGAAGCUGGCCAAGGGCCAGGCGGCUCAGGCCGCCCUCCAGGCUCUCUUCAACAUCCGGCUGCCCGGCCACAUCCCCAGCAGGAAUAGAAGUCACCUCUUGCCGCAGGAAUUUGCAGACUCCGUGUCCCAGCUGGUCACGCAGAAGUUCCACGAGCUGACCGUGGGCCUGGCGUCCGUGCACGCCCGCCACAAAGCCCUGGCAGGAAUCGUCAUGACCACAGGCCUGGACGUGAGGCAGGCGCAGGUCAUCGUGCUGUCCUCGGGGACCAAGUGCAUCAGCGGCGAGCACAUCAACGACCAGGGGCUCGUGGUGAACGACUGCCACGCGGAGAUCGUGGCCCGGAGAGCGCUGCUGCACUUCCUGUACGCGCAGCUGGAGCUGCACCUGAGCAAGCGCCGGGAGGACUCGGAGCACUCGAUAUUCGAGCGGUCCAAGGACGGCGGCUACCGGCUGCGGGACAACGUGCUGUUCCAUCUCUACGUGAGCACGUCCCCCUGCGGAGACGCCAGGCUCCAUUCGCCCUACGAGAUCACCGCGGACCUGACCAGCAGCAAGCACGUGGUCAGGAAGCUCCGCGGGCACCUGCGCACGAAGAUCGAGUCUGGGGAAGGGACCGUCCCUGUCCGGGGCCCCAGCGCGGUACAGACGUGGGACGGCGUCCUGCUGGGUGAGCAGCUCGUCACCAUGUCCUGCACGGACAAGAUCGCCAGGUGGAACGUGCUGGGCCUGCAGGGCGCGCUGCUCUGCCACUUCAUCGAGCCCGUGUACCUGCACAGCAUCAUUGUGGGCAGCCUGCGCCACACGGGUCACCUCUCCCGGGUCAUGAGCCACCGCACCGAGGACGUCGGCCAGCUGCCCACCUCCUACCGGCACAACCGGCCCCUCCUCAGCGGAGUGAGCCACGCCGCCGUCCGCCAGCCGGGGAAGUCCCCGCACUUCAGUGUGAACUGGGUGAUGGGCAACGCGGACGUGGAGGUCAUCGACGGCACCACCGGGAGGAGGAGUUGCGGGGGCUCGUCGCGGCUCUGCAAGCACGUGUUCUCCGCACGCUGGGCGAGGCUGUACGGAAAGCUGAGCACGCGGAUCCCGAGCCACGGGGACACGCCGUCCAUGUACUGUGAGGCCAAGCGGGGGGCGUGCACCUACCAGUCGGUCAAACAGCAGCUGUUUAAGGCAUUCCAGAAGGCCGGGCUGGGCACCUGGGUGAAGAAGCCGCCCGAGCAGGACCAGUUCCAACUGACACUCUGAGCCCCGGGCGCUGCACUCCCGGAGCAGAGCACGCGCACGGCGGGGGCAGCAGGCCGUGCUCACCGGCUCCCUGCACACUCGCCCUUGGUACUCCAGAAGCACGCGCGUGGUCAGUGCUCCGUGGGCAACUAGACUUGAAGUAGGAGCUGCUUCUCACGUGGCUGCUCCAACGCUGCCAGGACCCACAACCCCCAGACCCGAAGGCCCCGGGCACAGCCCAAUCUCUCCUCCUGGUGUGUCCGCAGGAAAGUUUCCGUUCAGGCUGAAGGGUCGUAGGUGCAGCUGGUCCGGCGGUGCCUGGGGUGCCGCUCCCCACACCCCUUCUCUGCCCCCCACACCUCCAGUGUCUUUGCUGCCCCCUGACCCCACACUCCCAGUACCACGUC